CUUUAAACUUUCAAAACCAUCAUCAAUCUAAAUCACCAUCAACCUCAACCUCAACUUCAACCUCAACCUCAUUCAAUCAGUCAUCAUGGGAUUCUUUCCGCCCAAACCAUCACCCAUAAAAGCAUCAUUCUCUGACGAUAUAACCGAACAAGUUGAUGACACUGAAGUCCUAGAUGAAGAGCCAAGGAAUAUUCUCUCGGCCUUAAUCUCUCAAUUACGAAUCGGAAUGGAUUUGCAUAAAGUCACCCUACCUACCUUCGUCCUCGAGCCUCGUAGCAUGUUGGAACGCAUCACCGACUUCCUUAGUCACCCAGAUCUGAUCUUUGGGGCUAGCCGUAACGAAGAUGCAACGGAGCGAUUCAUUGAAGUCUUACGCUACUACCUCGCUGGUUGGCAUAUCAAACCUAAAGGUGUCAAAAAACCUUAUAAUCCGAUCUUGGGUGAAUUUUUUAGGUGUCGUUAUGAAUAUCCUGAUGGAACUCAAGGUUUUUACAUAGCAGAACAAGUUUCUCAUCAUCCACCUGUAUCAGCUUUUUAUUAUGCAUCACCGGGUCAUCAUUUAGAGAUUUGGGGAGAAUUGAGACCAAAGAGUAAAUUCUUGGGUAACAGCGCUGCUACUAUCAUGGAAGGGACUAGUAAACUUAGGUUUGGCGAUCGUAGUGAGGAUGGAAUUUAUCGAAUCACGAUGCCCAAUAUGUAUGCACGUGGGAUUGUGUUUGGAAAGAUGAUGUUGGAAUUAGGGGAUGAAUCUAAAGUUCAGAAUGAGAAGAAUCAGGUGUUUUGUGAUGUGGAAUUCAAAACAAAAGGUUUCUUCAGUGGUGAUUAUAAUGCGAUUGGAGGUAGAGUUAGAGACAAAACUGGAGUGGUGGGAGAGAUCUCGGGAAAGUGGAAUGAGGUUAUGGAACUGAAGCGAACAAAGGGUAAGACAGAAGUCCUGUUCGAUGCCUCUUCGGCUAAAGUGACCCAGAAAACCGUCGCACCCGAAUCCGAACAGAAUUGGAAUGAAUCUCGAAAACUUUGGUCACAUGUGACACGAGCAAUCAAAAAGAAAGACCUAGAUGCAGCAACGGAGGCCAAAACACGUAUCGAAGACUUUCAACGUGAUCGUGCGAAAGAACGUGAAGAGAGUGGAGAAACUUGGGAACCAGUUUUCUUUGAACUGGAGGGAGAUGAAUGGCAACCAAAGUUCAAAUUACCAAGCGAUGCACAAGAAGGAGCUCGAGCAAUUGAAGAAUUCAUCUUCAGUUAUCAAAGCAAACCAGUAGAUGGUAAUCCAACUGAACUACCACUCUCACCUGACACUGCUUCUUCUGCUCAAUCUUCUUUCCCUAGUCGUAGUCCUACUGCCAGUCGUGACUCUGACACCUCUAGACCUACAGCUGGUACAUCUCCCUGCUGAAAAGAGCCAGUUGGCUAUCUUUGUUUAUGAAACCUAAAUACUGUACUGAAGCUCUGUUGUGCGUGUGGAAAGAAGUGUGCUGAUGUAGGAGAUUGAGUGUGAGGUCAUGUAUAUGUGCAUGUUUGUGUGCGUGUAUGUGAGCAUGAAGUGACUCUGUUUGUUUUUCAAUUUGAGUGAAUUAAGUAUGACAUCUUUUUUUUCGAAAUGAUUGAGUUGUUUUUUUUUGCUUUGAUUUUUUUUUGAUUGUAAAAUUAUUUAUUUCUUUUUCAUUUCAUUUCAUUCAGAACUUUGUUUUAAUUUAAAUCAUUUGAUGACUUGAUUUUGAUUUUAUGGAAGGGUCUUUUUUGAAGAAGG